AUGGUCAUAAGGUUAGCUCUCUUUUCUCUGCUAACUGUUUUUGUCAGUUCCCAAGAAGUCGCAGUAGACAAUGUUGCUGCUAAGAAUAUUUUUGGAAUCGGAAGAAUGCAAGCAGUUGCAGUAUCAGGAAGACUCAUCUGUAAUGGAAGACCUGCGGCAAACAUCAAGCUGAAAUUAUAUGAGAAUGAAAUCUUAUUUGAUCGUCUGAUGGAAGAAGGCAGAACUGACUCAAAUGGUCAGUUCAGAGUAUCUGGUAACAAAAGAGAAAUCAGCCGAAUUGAUCCGAAACUGAAUAUCUAUCACAAAUGCAACUAUAAUGGGCUCUGCUACAAGAAAUUCACCAUCAAGAUUCCGAAAGACUAUAUCAACUCGGGAAGAGAAGCUGAAAGAACGUAUGAUAUUGGAACCUUGAAUUUGGCAAAUCAAUAUCCAGGACAGUCGACGGAUUGUUUGAACUAA